AUUUAGACGGCAGUGUGACUCGUUCCUUUUUCUCCAGUCUGCUCGGGGCUGUCUGUAGUGCUUGUAGUCGGUAAAUUUACAACAUGGGUAAGGAAAAGACUCAUAUUAACAUCGUGGUUAUCGGCCACGUCGAUUCUGGCAAGUCCACCACCACCGGACAUCUCAUCUACAAAUGUGGAGGCAUCGAUAAGAGAACCAUAGAGAAGUUUGAGAAAGAAGCCUCUGAGAUGGGCAAGGGCUCCUUCAAGUAUGCCUGGGUGCUGGACAAACUGAAGGCCGAGCGUGAGCGUGGUAUCACCAUUGAUAUUUCUCUCUGGAAAUUUGAGACCAGCAAGUACUAUGUCACCAUCAUUGAUGCCCCUGGACACAGAGAUUUCAUCAAGAACAUGAUCACUGGUACUUCUCAGGCUGACUGUGCCGUGUUGAUUGUCGCUGCCGGUGUUGGUGAGUUCGAGGCUGGUAUCUCCAAGAACGGACAGACCCGUGAACACGCCCUGCUUGCCUACACCCUGGGAGUCAAACAGCUUAUUGUUGGAGUCAACAAGAUGGACUCCACCGAGCCCCCCUACAGCCAGAAGCGUUAUGAGGAAAUCACCAAGGAAGUCAGCGCCUACAUCAAGAAGAUCGGCUACAACCCCGCCACUGUUGCCUUCGUCCCAAUUUCUGGAUGGCAUGGUGACAACAUGCUGGAGCCCAGCACAAACAUGAGCUGGUUCAAGGGAUGGAAGAUUGAGAGGAAGGAAGGUGCUGCCAGCGGUGUUACUCUUCUCGAGGCCCUGGACUCCAUCCUGCCACCCAGUCGGCCCACCGACAAGCCCCUCCGUUUGCCUCUGCAGGAUGUGUAUAAGAUUGGAGGUAUUGGAACUGUGCCUGUUGGACGUGUUGAGACUGGAACUCUGAAGGCUGGUAUGGUUGUGACCUUUGCCCCUGCCAACUUGACCACUGAGGUCAAGUCCGUUGAGAUGCACCACGAGUCUCUUGUCGAGGCUCUCCCUGGUGACAACGUUGGCUUCAACGUUAAGAAUGUGUCUGUCAAGGACAUCCGCCGUGGUAACGUGGCUGGAGACAGCAAGAACGACCCCCCUCAGGAGGCUGGCAGCUUCACAGCUCAGGUCAUCAUCCUGAACCACCCUGGUCAGAUCUCUCAGGGCUAUGCCCCAGUGCUGGACUGCCACACUGCUCACAUUGCCUGCAAGUUUUCUGAGCUCAAGGAGAAGAUCGACCGUCGUUCUGGCAAGAAGCUUGAGGAUAACCCCAAGGCUCUCAAAUCUGGAGAUGCUGCCAUUAUUCUUAUGGUCCCUGGCAAACCCAUGUGUGUGGAGAGCUUCUCUCAGUACCCACCACUGGGUCGUUUUGCUGUGCGUGACAUGAGGCAGACCGUCGCUGUUGGUGUCAUCAAGGCCGUUGACAAGAAAGCCUCCACUAGUGGAAAGGUGACCAAGUCUGCUCAGAAGGCUGCCAAAGCUAAAUGAAUCGUCCCGUCAGACACCCAGCAAGCCUCAUUGAUAUCCUACACUGCAAUGUCUCAGAACCUGAGCACGGUUUUAAAGGACUGGCUUAUGCUGAUAAAAACCCACCGUAAAAGCUUCAGAAGGAAAGGAGGAAACCAUGUAUUUCUGAACACCUUAGGAGAAAACGAUUAUAAAAAUAAACAAUGAUUAUUCAUCA